UGCUCCGCCUCCUCUCCCUCAUUUACAGGCGGAAAGAAACAUGGCGGAGCGGAGCUGUGAAGGCUGCAUCGGUUGAGCUGCUGGCAGUUUAAAGGCAACAGAAGGGCACUCAGUCACUGGGGAAGGGGCCGCCGUGUCGGGGAGGAUUCUGCCUGAAGGAUCGGGGUGAAGUGAACCUCUAACCGGCCAUCUAAUCGUGUUUUUUCCUCCAGAGGAGAGGCGAGCGGCGGGUGAGGUUUCCCAAAACAAGUCGGACAUGAACGGGGAAAUCGUAUGCAAUAGCCAUUCAGUCACUGUCUUAAGCUGCACCAAGUCCAUAUCACCAGUUCACGAUGAGAAGACGACCAUCAGGCUGACUCAGGAGGGAAGGUGCUCCCUGCAAAAUGAUGCUCAGAGGCAGGGGGAGGGCAGGACGGCAAACGCCAUCAGCGCUACGCCAAAAGACUCGAAGGCAGACAUGGAGAGCAGCUACAGCCAGUGUUCACCCUGCUGGUCAGAUGAACAGCGGUCACCUCCGCAGCUCCACUGCCCUCAGACCUGCCUCUUCUCCCCUCCAGAGCUCAGCCUGUCCUUCACCAACAGCUUAUCUCACACUCCUCUCCACGCGAACAACGGCAGCGCUCUCCACGGACGCCAGAGGAGAGGAGGCCGGGCCAAGGUCAUAGGAAAGAAGACCCCACGGAGAAUAGGAGGUGGGAAAAACUCCCAAAACCGAAAAGUGACUGAUUUCUUUCCAAUAAGACGAAGCUCAAGGAAAAGUAAAACAGAGCUCCAGUGUGAAGAAAAGAAGCUCAUAGACGAUCUCAUCACUAAUGGAAUCGAGGAUGGAAUGGAGGUCCAGUAUAUAGAAGGAAAGGGGAGAGCAGUGUUCGCCACUCGGUGUUUCCAGAAAGGCGACUAUGUGGUGGAGUAUCACGGAGAUCUGCUGCAAAUCACCGACGCUAAGAAGAGGGAGGCCGAAUACGCUCAAAACCCUGCCACUGGCUGCUACAUGUACUACUUCCAGUACCUCUGCAAAACAUACUGUGUGGACGCCACAAAAGAGACUGGGCGAAUGGGUAGGUUGAUAAACCACAGUAAAAACGGGAACUGCCAAACCAAACUCCACGACAUCAGCGGGGUCCCUCACCUCAUCCUCGUCGCCUCUCGAGACAUCGACAAGGGCGAGGAGCUGCUUUACGACUACGGGGACCGCAGCAAAGCCUCCAUCGCGGCUCACCCGUGGCUCAAAUAUUGAUCGAGGGCGUCCUCAAAGAAGUAAAGGGAAACGUACAGUAACACUCGUGUUUCUCGUUAGCUAGUGUACAAAAUGCCUUAGAAACAGAAUGUGUACCCUUUUUGUUGGCGGGAGCUGGGUGGGGGUAGUUAGUGGGGCUGGUCGGGCGGUUCUCACAUUUCGAUUGAUGUCUAUCUGCCACGUCAGAUGACACCUGUACUUUUAUUUAUAUGUGUUUCUGAAACAUUCUGGUUGUUUUGCAGCACAUUUAUUUUGUACAUUUUGUAUUACCUAUAGACCAAUGCUUCUACAGCAUGCAGGUGGUAGUUGAUGCUCUGCAUUUUUAUACUACUUUUUUUAAUUAGUAGUUAGCAAUACUUGUAUUUAUAGCCCCAGAGCCCCUUUAGGAUCAGCAAGAACUACGAGAUGCAAAUUACAAACUCUUUUUAAACAAAAAAAUCUUGUUGAAGCCGUCAAUCUGUUAUUGAUCAGUGGGCGUGUAACAGUUUGCCACAUUCAUGGUUCAGUUGCUGUUUUGGUUUGGUUACGAUGUGUAAAGCACCUUCUGUUAAACAUGCAAACUCAAAAUGUUACUUUAAAAUACAGAAAUUAUUCGUAUUAUUAUUUUUUACCAUAUAUCAUAUUUUUUUUAUAUUAAAGAUACAGCAUAUAUUUGACUUAUCAUGUAAAAAUGUUCAAAGAAUACAAAAGUUUCUGCAUAUACCUACAGAAUAUUCUGCUGCAUCACUUCGAAUGAUUAAACAUCUACAGACUGUUUACACAAUCAUCUCCAUAGUGUUUUUCAUCUAUACAUGCUUCACUUAUAGUUAUAAUUUUAAGUGAACACACAAAACCAGACUGUGCAACCUGGCUUUUGUUAGUGGGGUUGGUGAACUGUUACACUCCGACUGUACAGAUUUUCGUCACAUCUGUUCCUCCUGCACACAAAGCUUUGUUGACAACCAGAUGUUCCAUGUCAGAGUGUUUAAUCAGCUGAUCCACCAAUGAGUCUUUAUUUUAGUAGCUUUUUCAGUUAGAUGGGUUUGUUUUUUCCAAGAGGAGUUCUGGCAGUUUAUACUUGAAAACAGUUACUCCUAUUAAUGUUAUUUAUCUCCUUUGUCCUCCUUUAGAAAGUCACAGAGGUAAAUUAUCUGUUGCUUUAAGGUGAUUAUUAAUAAGUAUAUACAGCAUUUUUUAGGAAAUUUCAACUUUUGUUCAUUAUGGUACGUGGUUUUCUCUCACAAAUGACUUAAAUUACACUGAAUAUAUAUUUAUAAUCGAGAACCGAACAAUGUUUAUAUAAAAAAUUCAUGUAUCACAGAAAUGUGGCCACAGGUUCCUGCUGAGUAGCAACCGAACCCUCUUCAAAGUGUUAAAAUCAGGAUAAUAAAUUAGUUUUCAAGGAUAAAGAAGGUGAUGAUGUAUAUUUUUGUUAUUAUCAACAAAUCAAAGAACAGACCAAAAACUAUUUGUAAUUUCCUAAAACAUCUGCUCACAGAGGAAUUAAGAUAAAUAGGUUGAGAAGUUAUAUUCAUUGUUGAUUUUGGUCUUUUCGCAGGAUUUGUUGACUAAGAAAUCUAGAAAAUCCCCAAAUGUAACCUUUAAAUGUUAAAAUGUAUUCAUUCAGUGAAAUCCCUGUCUGAAUUUAUUGGUUCAUUACAAGCCUAAUGAAUUUAAACGCGCUUGGCUAAUUCCCAAUGAAGUAGCAGUUUAGGACAAAUCUGUUUGUAUAAGGAUAUCACGUUUUUGCUGUAGAGAACUUUCUCUUCUUGUAUGUGCCCUUUGUGUUAUUGGUCAUAUAAUUAUCAGUAGUUGUUUUUACUAUGAUAUUGUUUUGGGGAUCCCAGGGCUUAAAGAUGUAGUCUAAUACUGUGGGAAAUACAUUUUUUUGCUGUCUCACUGAAAGUCAUCAUAGCUGAGUACUCAGUAUGAAGCUACAGACAGGAAACAGUUAGCCUCGCUUAGCAUAAAAACCAGAAACAGGGAAACAGCUAAUCUGGAAUUGGCAAAAAGCCUUACAAAGAGCUGCAACUACAGAAACAGUGAAACAGAGAAAAAAAAGGACUUUGAGGUUUUAAUGUUCAGAAUAAAACCAAUGUGAAAGAUGCAGGAAAAAUGUAAUAUCUGUAGCCUAAAAGUACUCAAAUUCAGGUCGACUAGUUUUGUUGUGUUUCUCUUAUUAUAAAAAAUAAAGUAAUUAACUAUGAAUUAAUACAUCAAAACAUUUGAUUUAAAGGCAGCUUAAACACAAAAAGUCCACCAGAAUCCAAAGCUACGCUGCUCAGCAAGGCUAGCUAACUUUUAGCAUAUUAGCUUUUAGAUGGUCUAGCUUUGUUACUUUACCUUUAUUCAGGUUUCUAGACCAUUUUUAAAAAGACACAUUCAAAUCUGUUUGAAGACAGUCUAACUAAAUGAAAUACAGUGGAGGGUAUACCACUGAGCUAGCUUGCUAGUUAGCUAGACAUUAAUUAAAUGCAUUAAAAUGGGAAUUGAAGGUAGCUUAACCACAUGAAAUCAAACUGAAAGUGAGAAGCUACAUCGCUAAGUUUGGGCAUGUCAGCUUUUUGAAGGACAAGCUUUGUUACUUUUUUCACAGUAUAAUUUAAUAUUUAACUUAACUGUCUUGUUUAAAUAUAAUUUAUUCAGUAAAUAAGAUGUUGGAGAAUUAAAGUUUACAUAAUUGUAUAUAACAGGACAAAAAUUUGUAUAUUGGCUAAAUGUAGCUCACCAGCUGCAACUAGCUUGACUGUUUCCUGGUUUUUGUGAAUUUCUAAUUUUUGUUCUCAAAAAUUAUAUACAUCUUUGGUAUAUAAUUUUUGUUACAUAUUUAUUAUGGCCAGAAUACAAUUUUUACUUAACAACAGGUAUCUGUUGGUGAAUACUUAAGAUUUGGACAGAGUCAUGCUAGCUGUUCCCCACCUGUUUUCAGUCUUUAUGCUAAGCUAUGCUAAUAACCUCCGGGCUGUACAGAUAAGAAAGUGACUUUUUGUCACCUAACUCGUGGUAAAAAAAAAAAAAGCGAAUAAAUGCAUUUCCAGUAACGUUGAACUAUUUCUUUAAGCCCUCUGAAUUAAUUUUUUUAACUUAUUGUAGCAGCUUUGUUGGAAUUUUUAGAAAGACCUGGCUGUUGUACUAAAUGUUAUCCAUCCUUAAUGCUUCUUUACAGCUGCUGAGGUUAGAUUUUUCAUAAAAGACGACAAGUUCAGUUCUUUAAGUUAUUCUUGAAAUAUUCUGUACAUUGUUGAAUUCUGGUAUUUUUUGGAGGGGAUUUCUUGUUUUCAUUUUAAUCAAAUACAACAUAAAUCAGUGUUAAUACAAAGAGUUGGGUCAAGUGUAUGCGAGGAAGUAAAUCUCAUGAAAUGCACUGUGUUUAACAGACAAACAUACACUUCGACCUCGCUUGUCAACAUGUCCCCUGCCCCUUCUAACAGUAGCAUUGUGUUACAUGUGAAUUGUUUUCCUAUGAACCUUUCUUAUCCAAUAUGUUACACUUGGGAAUAUUCUGUUUUUUGUUGUUUUUUUAAAAUGUGGAACUAAUGCAAUAAUAUCUGAGGGGCAAACCUGACCUGUUGGCCAUUUUAGGACAUGAUAGAUCUUUGCUGUUGUAGCGUUGAAUAAAUCUUAAUGCUGGGGUUCGAAGAAUAAAGAUGUAAUAUGCAAGUAA